AGCGUUACUUAACACUGUUGUAGCUUGUGUUCUGCUGACAGAGAGGAAUUGUUGAUUUUUUAUUUAACUAUCGUCUUAAUUUCUGUCAAUUUCUGGGGCGAAGGGCGAAAAAGUGUUUUAAGUAACAAAUUCCUGCAAAAUAUUAAUUCCUUAAAAUAUACGUCAUAUCACCAAGACAAAGUCACAUUAAAGAGAAUAGGUUGUAAGAAUUUCUAUAUAUAUAAUAUAAUUUAUAUAUUAAAUAAAUAAAAGAGGAAACAUGUUUCGUCACAACGCCUUAGCUGGCUUGCCUACAUAUAAAUUAAUCCUUGGUUUUGGAUUGUGCACUUUGGGUGGCGCUAUGUUAUACGCCUACUUCAAAACUCGCGAUGAGGACGAGGAUGUAGCACAACAAAAACCAGACGUAAAACGGGAAAAAGUACAGUCAAUAUCAACAAAACCGGCGAAGCAAAAAGAGAAAGAGGUAACAAUUAACUUUGAGAUAUCAAACGAGCAUAUUCCAUUGUGUGUAGGACGUAGUGGGACCAAUUUAAACACCAUUGAACAACAGACGCGCACGAGAAUUCGUUUGCGAAACAAAAAUGAUAAGUACAAAAUAUGUGAUAUAACCGGCGACGCAACCGGUGUAAAGCAAGCACGCACAUUAUUGCUAAAAGAAAUCGAACGGGCGCCUAUUAUCAAGGAAGAAAUCUGGGUACCGCAAAGUGUGUGUGGUAAAAUUAUGGGUCGGUGCGGUGAAGCAAUGCAAGAAAUAUGCCGCAUCUCCUUAGCCAAAGUGGCUGUAGAUUCAGGUGGCGGUCGUAACGGUGGUGCUAUGGACAAACGGCGCAUCCUAAUAACCGGUAAUCAGCAACAGGUGAACAUUGCACGCAAAUUGAUUGAGGAAAAAAUUGAAGAGGACGAAGAACUUCGUCGGGCGGUCGAAGAGGUCGAACAGCGACGUGAACCACGUCGUUCAAAUAGCAUUAAUUCCAGUAUGUACUCUUCACAAACUUCAUUAAGUUCACAUUUACCUCCCCGUGAAAAAAUGCUCGCUGCCCGAAACGAAGAUAAGCCAAUGGAGGUUUACGUCUCUGCGAUAGCAUCGCCUUCUAAGUUUUGGGUACAGAUUAUUGGUCCACAAUCCAAAAAACUUGACGACAUGGUUCAAUCUAUGACGGAGUAUUAUAGUGAGCCGGAGAAUAAAGCUCGCCAUCAAAUUUCUGAACCGUACUUGGGACAAAUAGUAGCAGCCGUAUUCAAAUACGAUGGGAAGUGGUAUCGCGCAGAAAUUGUGGGCAUUUUACCAAAUCAAUACAACCCAAACGAAUUAGUAUUAGACCUAUAUUUCGUUGAUUAUGGCGACAGUGAAUAUGUAUCGCCACAUGAGGUUUUUGAGCUGCGUACAGAUUUUUUAACUCUAAGAUUUCAAGCUGUGGAAUGCUUCUUAGCUGGUGUGAAGUCCACAGUGUUGAACGAUUCGGAUACUUGGGAUCCACAAUCCAUUCAAAAGUUCGAGGAACUUACCCAAGUUGCCAACUGGAAAAAGCUUAUUUCACGAGCUAUAACCUAUAAAGAACGUCAGAAAGCUGCAGUAGGCACUGUCGCAGCUCGCGAAAGUUCACCUAUACCAGGUGUUGAACUUUUCGACUUGACGGAAGGUGUGGAAGUCAACAUUGGUCAUAUGCUAAUUUCGCAUGGAUUCGCCUUGCCUGCCGAUGACUUGUCACGACCACGCUCGCCUUACUAUCAUGUUGCACCAGAGGCGUCAACGUUUCGCUCAACAAGUUCAAACCCAUCUCUGUCGUUAAGCCGCAAUGAGAGAUUUUCAAGUAGUAACGGAAACUUAAAGACAGACGAAGAUUCUUUUCUGGAGGAGCAAUUGGACCACCUGCGAAUCAACAAUAAUUUACAUUUAAAUGACACUGACGAUGCAAGAAUCGCAUCUUUGGCUGCAGAAACAGCAUCGAAUCUAGACAGACUCACCGCAUCUGAGUUUAUAAAUGAAAAUUUCGAUGAUAAGUCUUCAAAAUUACCAGGAAAUGGAAAUAGCUAUAACAUCAAUGGAAAUUUAAACCGAUAAAAGCGGAUUCAAUGUUAUCACUUAGCAUAAGGAAUUUAUUUUCGUGUUGCUACUUACUUACUUUAUAAUUUACCGUAUUGUUUUACGUUUAGUGCUUAAGUUACUCUGAAUAUGUUUGUAAAUAUUUAAAUGAUACGAGAUUCAGCUCAAACCUGUCCUUUAGCUUGUGUUUAUCUUUUAGGUGUUGUUAUUGCUUUUCAAAAUUAAAUAUAUAUGUAUACGUAUGUCGGUAAAUUUUUUUACUAAAAUAACUAGAGUUUUACAAUGUUUCCCGGAAUCCUUUAGACAUGACAUUUUAAUUUAAACUCCAAAAUAAUUACUUAUUAAAUUAAGGUAAUCACUGAAAAAUCCAACUAAUCUAUAGUAUUAUUUUAAAACAUGGCGCUUAUUCUGACUAAACUACAAUAUGUACAGAUAUGAAAUAUAUAUCAAAAAAAAGGUUUUGAUGAGCAUAUUUCCGGAAAAUUAUAAAAAUUAAAAUUGGUUAAUGUGUUCAUGAAAUAUUUGCGUGUAAAGUUUUAAAAAUUUUCAUAUUGAUAACAGCGAUGUCUAUGCAAAGCGGGAUGACACACAAAUAUACGCAUAUAUAGGUAUGAGUACGUUUGCUUUGUUUAGCUCUCUUUCUAAUGAGCACAGCAUUGUAUACAUUUGGAUUCUCAAUAAUGGUUUUGUUUUGUUCUCUUUACUAAUAAAUAUGUAUUCAUGAACAUAGUCCCAACGGGUGCAGCGAAUUUUUUUCAAAAUUUUGUUGUGAUGGCAAUAAUUGGUAUGAAUCGACAAUUGACUUGAAAUUUGUCAAUUCAUUUAAAACAACGGUAACAGUGUAAAUUAGAAAGAGUUUUGGACAGACGCAAAAUAGAAUUUAUUUUAAGAAAAAGAGGUUGUCUGUAAAGUCGGUUUACUGACGAUAGUUUAACGUGAUAACGUCAUAAGAAAAUACUGAUUGAAUGGUUGCAUUUUUCAAAAGAAAAUUUUAAUUUUAUUUGUUUGAUAGAUAUUUUGUAUGGAUAUAGAGAAUGAGUUAACAUUAACAUAACAUAUAUAACAUAACAUAACAUAUCAUAAAGCAUUCACCAACAGCUUUCAUUUGAUACCCAUAUUGUACAUACACGUCCGAAGGUUACCCGGGUCCACGUUUUGACCUAUAUCUCGAGACCCUAUCUACCAAUAGGUAUUCAAACUAUACGGAAAUCAUCUUCAAUACCUACUUAACAAUGUGUGUAAGUUUGGUUUAAUUCGGUUCAAAGACACGGCGGGUCCACGUUUUGGCAUAUAUUUCGAGACCCUAGUCAACAAUAGGUAUGAAAAUUACCCCGUAUUAAAGCACUUAUCAACAGCUUUCAUUUGAUAUCCAUAUUGUACAAACACAUUCUAGGGUCCACGUUUUGGUCUCUAUCUCGAGACCCUAGUCACGGAGCGGAUGGAAAUACUCUGAACUAAAGCAUUCACCAACAGCUUCCAUUUGAUACCCAUAUUGUACAUACACAUCCGAAGGUUACCCGGGUCCACGUUUU